CGUCGCCAGCGCAUGCGCGGAGCGCGUCUCCUUGUCGCUGCGCGGAGGGCGAGGGGAGGGCUCAAGGAGAAGGGAAGGGGGUGAAGGGGGGCUUCGUUGCUUCUGCUGUCGCCAUGUUCCUGUGGGAUUCCCUGCGCGCAGCGGCCGCACGCUCGAUAAGACAAGUCCGAUACUUACAUAGAACAGCAGGAUGCAAUACCAGUGGAGGAGCCUUAUUUGUGCACAGAGAUACUCCUGAAAAUAAUCCAGAUACUCCAUUUGAAUUCACACCUGAAAACCAAAAGCGGAUAGAAGCAAUCAUAAACAACUACCCAGGGGGACACAAGUCUGCAGCUGUCAUGGCAGUACUAGAUCUGGCCCAGAGACAGCAUGGAUGGUUGCCCAUAUCAGCUAUGAACAAGGUUGCUGAAGUAUUAGAAAUGCCUCCUAUGAGAGUGUAUGAAGUAGCAACCUUCUAUACAAUGUAUAAUCGCAAACCUGUUGGGAAGUACCAUAUUCAGGUCUGCACUACCACACCUUGCAUGCUGCGAGACUCUGACAGUAUUUUAGAAGCCAUUAAGAAGAAACUUGGUAUAAAAGUUGGGGAAACAACACCCGAUAAACUCUUCACGCUAAUAGAAGUGGAAUGUUUAGGUGCUUGUGUAAAUGCACCAAUGGUACAAAUAAAUGAUAAUUACUAUGAAGAUUUGACACCUAAAGAUAUCGAAGACAUAAUUGAUGAACUGAAGGCUGGCAAAGUUCCCAAACCUGGCCCAAGGAGUGGACGUUUCUCUUGUGAGCCAGCUGGUGGCCUUACUUCUCUGACUGAGCCACCGAAAGGACCAGGUUUUGGAGUUCGAGCUGAUCUCUAAGGAUUUUGUAAUAUAAGAUAAACUGUCUGAAAAUAAUAAACUCAUUCUAAAUUUCAGUAAAA